CCUGCGCAGAGUCCAGGGCCACGUCGCUUUCGCGGCGCUGGAGACGCCGCAUCUUAGUCAUGGCUUCCGCGGAUUCCCGGCGGAUGGCGAAUGGCGGCAGUGUCGGCGGAGCCUUCCAGCCCCAUCUAGACUCCUUGCGGCAGGAGCUGCAGCAGGGGGACCCAACACUGCUGUCAGCCGUGGCGGCGCUUCUCGCGGUGCUGCUGACGCUGGUGUUCUGGAAGUUCAUCCGGAGCAGAAGAAGCAGUCAAAGAGCUGUACUUCUUGUUGGCCUGUGUGACUCUGGGAAGACAUUGCUCUUUGUCAGAUUGUUAACUGGCCUUUACAGAGAUACUCAGACUUCUAUCACCGACAGCUCUGCUGUGUACAGAGUCAACAAUACCAGGGUAAGGGGUUUGUAGAAUGUUGGGAGUCUGACAAUUUUACUUUACUUUGGUGUGUCAGGAAAGGACAUUUGUAGGAUGAAUUAGUCUGAGGGUGUAGGUACCAUUCAUAGCUUAUUUUUAUGGAUAAAUAGAGUCCAUGUGACAAAUUCUGCUUUCGGCCACCCAAGCAAUGUUUUAAUCAUGCCAUCCCCUGUUUUAUUGUACUUCAUGCACACUGAUGUUACAUCACAUUUUACUAGUUUUUGUUGCUAUGUCUUCUCUCCAACUUUACCAUGAGUUUUUGAGGGUGAGCAUUAAACCUUUUCCUUUAUAUUUUGAAUAGGUAAUAUAUAUAUAUGGGACAAAAAUUCAAAAGGUUAAAAAGAAUAUUCAGUGAAAAGUAAUUUUGCCUUUCCUGUCCCUGCUAGGUCUUCUCCUUAGAGGCAAUAACUUAUUUUCCUGUGGGCCCAUCAGAUGGUCUCUGCAUAUGCAAACAUAUCUGUGUAUCUGUUAAUUUUUUUUUUAAAGAUUUUAUUUUUAAGUAAUCUCUUCACCCAACAUGGGGCUU